AUCAAAGAGUUCUUGAAUCAUUACAGGAUGAGCAGUCUUGUGCAUAACAAAACUCCCAGGUCCUCGGGGAGGCAGUCAUUGUUUUUCAAAGAUUUGGCAUCUCCAAUCUCUGCUCACAAAGGCAAGUUCUCAAGUCCUGGACAGCAAGCUGCAGUUUCUGCAUUAUGGCGCGAGAAUUUUGGGGCUUCGGAUCUUCCACCUCCUCCCAUGUUCACCUUGGAGGAUCGUUCGGAUUUCUCUCCUGAGUUUGGUAUUCCAGAUUACCCUUUAUCUCCAGAAGCCAAAUCAGACCCUAGGACUCCAUCUCAAAGUUUUGGGAGGGAACUGAUGACCCCAGCAAAAGGAAAAUCAGAGGCUAGCACUUCAUUUGCUUUGAUGAGUGGACAGAAAGCUCAACAGGGUUCUGGAAGUUCAACUUGGUGGUCGCCGGCAAAGGUUGCAAGCAGUGAUCAUGAAGAUAAGGGAAAGAAUUCUCCAGUUGAAGGUGUGGUUCAAAGUAAUGCCUUGAUUACCCUUCCUCCACCCAGGGAAGUUGCAAGGCCAGAAAUUCAGAGGAACCACCUUCCUACUGGAAACAUGGACGAGGAAGAAUGGGUUACUGUUUAUGGGUAUGGUUCUACCUCUCCUUUCAUAAUCUGUAUAUUUCCUCCUGGUGAGACAAACUUGGUGUUGCGGGAGUUUGAGAAAUGUGGUGUCAUAUUGAAGCAUGUUCCUGGUCCGGGGAAUGCCAACUGGAUGCACAUUCUUUAUCAGAGCCGGUCUGAUGCACAUAAAGCUUUAAGCAAGAAUGGGAUGCAGAUCAAUGGUGUACUAAUCAUCGGUGUGAAGCCGGUGGAUCCAAUACAACGCGAAGCUUUGAGUGAAAGACUUAACAACAAUCAGGGAUUCAUGACCAUACCCCCAGCACCGACAUCCAGUAGAACAACCGAGUUCAAUGCAUUGAGGCCAUCUUCCCGUCCGUACUAUCUGCAGAACGGCAGCACAAGUGCUCGACAAACAGGAGGUACCAUUGCUUCCCCAAACAAGUCGCUGGUCUCCAAAGUUUUUGAUGUAAUGUUUGGCAUUUAAAGCUUCCGAUGACGUUGUUGUAUUUGGUUGUGUUACUUGUGACUUGUGAGCUAUAUUCGGUCACUUGGGAUCGUAGUAGUAGCUUUGUUGUUCUUUUUGAAUUCUGGUUGUUUGUGCACGGGUCAGCGGGAUGAUUUAUUCUAACGGUGAGAAUGUGGCAUGAGAUUGAUUGGGUGCAUUCUUGAUUUUUGAAUUCUGGUGGGGCCCUUUGCCUCUGGAAUUUGUAAGAAACGUAUCCCUGUAAAUCAUGAGAUGUUUCGAAGGGCUAUCCGUAUAUUUGCCAAAUUCUGUUCAAAUUGUAAUGGUAAUUUUGACCUUGGACUAUGGCAAUGUAAUCGAGCAC